AUGGCGGACCCCAACGAUGCCCAGCAUGAGCACACCUUCGACAGCGCCGAUGCUGGCUCCUCCGCCACGUUCCCCAUGCAGUGCUCUGCACUGAGGAAGAACGGCCACGUUGUGAUUAAGAACCGCCCAUGCAAGAUUGUCGACAUGUCUACCUCGAAGACCGGCAAGCACGGUCACGCCAAGGUCCACUUGAUCGCCAUUGAUAUCUUCACUGGCAAGAAGUUGGAGGAUCUGUCCCCAUCUACCCACAACAUGGAUGUGCCAAACGUCUCCCGAAAGGAGUACCAGCUUCUCGACAUCACUGACGAUGGCUUCCUCUCCCUCAUGUCUGACGACGGCACCACCAAGGACGAUGUCAAGGUCCCAGAGGGAGAGGCCGGUGACAAGAUCAACAAGCUCUUCAGAGAGGAUGAGAAGGACACCAAUGUUAUCAUUCUCACUGCCAUGGGUGAGGAGGCUUGCAUUGAUGCCAAGGAGGCUCCAAAGGGUUAAGCGGCUCGCAGAUUGUGUGCGCAGCGGUCCAUCUAUCACGCGAAGCGCCUGCUGGGAAACAAAAGCUCGAGCAUUAUUCACGUUUCCACGUGUUAUGAGAUGCAGCAUGAACAGUGUUGUGACAGCGAAAAUUAGUCGCUAGGGAUAGGUAGUUCGUGCUUCUGGCUGAGCGCCUCGGCGUUUUCGUCGAACGUAUUUAUGAGUAGACAUGAUAUGAGGUCGUUGUGCACAAGACCGUUCACUUCGCCCUCACGCGUGCGCCACGCAGAUCGUGUUCCUUUGUUC